UCGAAGCAUCUACAAGUGGCCUUUCCCAUUCUUGUAAACAGGGAGAAGAAAUAUAGCGGCAGAAGCUGAAAGGAGAAACCCCAGUCUCAACGAGACUACCCUAAAUUCCCCUAAAUCCAACUGCUCACCUGUUCUGUCCCAGAUCAUGAAACCCCAAUCCUAGAACGCGAAAAUCUCAUCAAUUUCAACUGAAAUUUUCCAAUUCCCUUCGCAGAUCCUUUUAUCGAUGGGUAAAGGAGGAAUCAGAGAUGGUGAAGAAGAGAUCUUCCCGGCGUGGGCCCGGGACGUCGAUCAGUGCCUGUCCCACUACGAUGUCUCCAUCAGCUACGGCCUCAGAUCCGCCGAUGCCGAGGCCCGCCGUAAGGACUACGGCUGGAACGAACUCGAGAAGCACGAGGGCCCUUCGAUCUUCCGCCUGGUCGUUGAUCAGUUCAACGACACCCUCGUCCGCAUCCUCCUCGUCGCUGCCGUCGUCUCGUUCGUCCUGGCAUGGAUUGACGGCGACGAGGGCGGCGAGACCAGCAUCACGGCCUUCGUCGAGCCAAUCGUCAUCUUCUUGAUCCUGAUUGUCAACGCCAUCGUGGGCGUUUGGCAGGAAAGCAACGCCGAGAAGGCUCUUGAAGCCCUUAAAGAGAUACAGUCCGAGCACGCGGCCGUCAAGCGGGAUGGGAAGAUGAUCCCCAGUUUGCCUGCCAAGGAGCUAGUCCCGGGGGACAUCGUCGAGCUCCGGGUCGGCGAUCGGGUCCCCGCUGACAUGCGGGUCCUGUCCCUGAUCAGCUCAACGGUUAGGGUUGAACAGGGGUCGUUGACUGGCGAGAGUGUUGCAGUUAACAAGACCAACCACCGGGUUGAAACUGAGGAUUCGGAUAUUCAAGGAAAAGAGUGUAUGGUUUUCGCAGGGACCACGGUUGUAAAUGGCAGCUGUAUCUGUCUGGUCACACAGACUGGCAUGAAUUCGGAGAUUGGGAAGGUGCAUUCACAGAUCCAUGAGGCAUCACAGAAUGACGAAGAUACCCCUCUGAAGAAGAAGCUGAAUGAGUUUGGGGAAAUGCUCACUGCGAUAAUUGGUGUUAUUUGUGCACUUGUUUGGUUGAUCAAUGUGAAGUACUUCUUUACUUGGGAUUAUGUAGAUGGUUGGCCACAGAAUUUCAAAUUUUCAUUUGAGAAGUGCACGUACUACUUUGAGAUUGCAGUUGCUUUGGCGGUGGCGGCAAUCCCAGAGGGCCUUCCAGCGGUGAUCACAACAUGUUUGGCGCUCGGCACAAGGAAGAUGGCCCAGAAGAAUGCUCUUGUGAGGAAGCUUCCGAGUGUGGAGACUUUGGGGUGUACAACGGUGAUUUGUUCUGAUAAGACGGGGACACUGACAACCAAUCAGAUGUCAGUGGCAAAGAUGGUGGCAAUGGGAGCAGAGUCUGGUGUACUUCGGAGCUUUAAGGUAGAGGGGACCACAUAUGAUCCGAAAGAUGGGAAGAUACAUGAUUGGCAGAGUAGUCGGAUGGAUGAGAAUCUUCAGAUGAUUGCAAAGAUUGCGGCUGUUUGCAAUGAUGCAAGCAUCAUGCACACGGGUCAUCAGUACCUUGCUUCUGGAAUGCCGACCGAGGCUUCUUUGAAGGUUCUAGUUGAGAAAAUUGGAACUCCUAAAGGGUUUGAUCGUUCAUCUUUGAAUUCCUCUGGCGCUGUAUUACCUUGCUGUCAAUAUUGGAAUGAAAUGGAGCAAAGGAUUGCGACACUUGAAUUUGACCGUACUCGGAAGUCUAUGGGAGUUAUUGUGAAGUCGAAUACUGGAAGAAAUUUGUUACUUGUGAAGGGUGCAGUGGAGAAUUUGUUGGAGAGAAGUACUCAUAUUCAGUUGCUUGACGGUUCUGUUGUCAAUCUAGAUAGUACUUCAAAAGAAGAAAUCUUACAAGCCCUUCAUGAAAUGUCUACAGUUGCAUUGCGCUGUUUAGGUUUUGCUUACAAGGAGGAUCUUUCAGACUUUGCAACAUAUGAUGGUGAACAUCAUCCAGCUCACAAGCUUUUACUUGAUCCAUCUAACUAUUCAUCAAUUGAGAGUGAUCUGAUUUUUGUUGGCUUGGUUGGGCUGAGGGACCCUCCUCGAGAAGAGGUUCAUAAAGCUAUUGAGGACUGCAGAGCAGCUGGCAUUCAGGUUAUGGUUAUUACAGGAGAUAAUAAGAACACAGCAGAAGCUAUUUGCCGUGAAAUAGGUGUGUUCGAACCUGAAGAAGACAUCAGUAUGAAGAGCAUAACUGGGAGAGAUUUUAUGAAUCAUGCCGAUCGCAAAGCUUAUUUGAGGCAAACUGGUGGGCUUCUUUUCUCCAGGGCUGAACCAAAACAUAAACAAGAGAUAGUGAGAUUACUCAAAGAAGAUGGUGAGGUGGUUGCAAUGACUGGUGAUGGGGUGAAUGAUGCCCCUGCUUUGAAGCUGGCUGAUAUUGGUAUUGCCAUGGGCAUAGCCGGAACUGAGGUUGCAAAGGAAGCCUCUGAUAUGGUGCUGGCAGAUGAUAAUUUUAGUACGAUAGUAGCUGCAGUUGGCGAAGGCAGGUCUAUUUACAACAAUAUGAAGGCCUUUAUCAGGUACAUGAUCUCCUCGAAUAUUGGGGAAGUUGCUUGCAUAUUUCUUACAGCAGCUCUUGGUAUUCCUGAAGGGCUUAUACCUGUUCAGCUUCUCUGGGUCAAUUUGGUUACUGAUGGUCCCCCUGCAACCGCUUUGGGAUUCAACCCUCCAGAUAGAGAUAUAAUGAAAAAACCUCCUCGCAGAAGUGACGAUUCAUUGAUCAGCGCAUGGAUUUUAUUUCGCUAUUUGGUUAUUGGGCUCUAUGUGGGCCUGGCUACUGUGGGUGUUUUCAUCAUUUGGUACACUCAGGACUCCUUUUUAGGCAUUGAUUUGAGCAAUGAUGGCCACACUCUGGUCACCUAUUCCCAGCUAUCCAACUGGGACCAGUGCUCUUCUUGGGAGGGCUUCACCGUCUCCCCUUUCACGGCUGGGUCUCAGAAGUUUUCCUUCCACGAUAACCCCUGUGACUAUUUCCAGUCUGGCAAAGUGAAAGCCAUGACCCUCUCCCUAUCCGUGUUGGUUGCUAUCGAGAUGUUUAAUUCCCUCAAUGCCCUGUCCGAGGACGGUAGCCUCCUGAUAAUGCCCCCGUGGGUUAACCCAUGGCUUCUCCUGGCCAUGUCCAUAUCCUUUGGCCUGCAUUUCUUGAUCCUCUACAUCCCAUUCCUAGCCCGGGUGUUUGGCAUCGUGCCCCUCAGCUUGAACGAAUGGCUCCUGGUAUUAGCUGUUGCUUUCCCAGUCAUCCUCAUUGAUGAGGUACUCAAGCUUGUGGGGCGGUACAUGAGCCGGACGCAUGUCUCAACUUCAAAGCCAUCAAAGAAGCACAAGGAAGAGUAGAAGGUGAGAAAAGUUGCCGACAUUGAUGUGGAGAGAUGGAAAAUCUCUGAUAUGCUGAGGCCCAAGGUGCAUAUUUCUGUCAAUUGGUGUCAUGGUUCCUGACCCUCCGUUAUUUUCUAUAUUGAGGGCUAAAAUGAACCUAGGUAGAUUGGAAGGCAUUGGGACUCUCCUCUGAUAAUCUUUUCCCAAGAGAACCCAAUUUGCUUCUAUCGCCAGAUUUUUUUUCUGAAACAUUCUGAACUACUUUUAAUUAGAAUCUGCAAGAGUACAAGCAUUUAUUGCAGUUAAUUUUUAGAUGCUACUAGGCUCUUUGCAUAAGGCUGGUUUGUUUGUCACCACUUGGUACACGCUACUGAGAGAAUAACAGCUGUUAUAUAUUUGCAGGCGUCUUUCCUGCCCAACAAAUAGAGUAACCAUUGCAGCUGACAGGUGUUUUGACAUUCUGUUUCUAAACCUUGAAGUUGAUUGUUUCUUCAUUUUUCUUCUGUUGAGGUACUACUAGAGUAGUUGGAUUUCUUCCAGAUGGGCUUUUGGUUAACAGUGUGCAAUUGGGCCCAUCGUUUGGUGAUCUAAACCACUGAUGUGAUUGGACAAACAGUUGCGAUGAUUGGUCUUUACUUGGCGGCCCAUGAACCAGAAAUCCCCUGGACUGAAAGACCAUGGCUAGUGAAUAUUUAACUGUGGUUCAACUAGUUUUUUCUGUAUCUUCCUUCUUAAUUGUCUGUGAUGACCACCUAUUGAAGAGUAACAUUUUCUGCUCA